UCCAGUUGUGUGCCGCCUAGACGCUGGUUCAGGGAGUCGUACAUGGAGGCCCUGCGGAACCCCAUGCCCCUGGGCAGCUCUGAGGAGGCCCUCGGGGGCCCGGCCUGCAGCUCCCUGGCUGGAGCCAGCAGGGACCCGGGGACUGGGACAGCAGCCAGUGAGACUCAGGAGGAAACCUCUGGUCCCUGGGGAGACCCCCAGCAGACCCCGAGUCACGUUCUUGCGUCCUCAGCCUACGUCAGCACAGACGUCGGCAGCUUCCAUUGCCACAACCCCAGCGGGCUUUCUGAUGCGCCUGCCCAGCAGCCACGCCCUGAGCAAGAAGGGUGGCCACUGGGCACAGGGGACUUCCCCAGCCAGGUGCCCAAGCGGGUGCUGGACGUCAACCAGGAGCUGCUGCAGUCCGGGGUCAUCACCCUCCCAGGGACCCGAGACCGUCAGGGCAGAGCGGUGGUGCAGGUCCGCACCAGGAGCCCGCUCUGGACCAGGGAACACUCGUCCUGCGCCGAGCUAACCCAACUGUUGCUGUACUUCCAUAGCAUCCCCAGGAAGGAGGUCCAGGACCUGGGUCUGGUCAUCCUGGUGGACGCACGCAGGAGUCCAGCCGCCCCUGCCGUCUCCCAGGCCCUCGCGGGAUUGCAGAACGACACAUCUCCUAUAAUUCAUAGUAUCUUGCUGUUGAUAGAUAAAGAAUCUGCAUUUAGGCCUGACAAGGAUGCAAUAAUUCAGUGUGAGGUCGUGAGCUCCCUGAAGGCCCUGCACAAAUUUGUCGACAGCUGCCAGCUGACCACAGACCUCGACGGCUCCUUUCCCUACAGCCAUGGUGACUGGAUCUGCUUCCGUCAGAGGCUGGAACACUUCGCUGGAAACUGCGAAGAAGCCAUCACUUUUCUACAGAAUUCAUUCUGCUCCCUGAACACCCACAGAACCCCAAGUACAGCCCAGGAAGUCACCGAGUUAAUUGACCAGCACGAGACGAUGAUGAAGCUUGUCCUGGAAAACCCACUGCUUGUGUCCCUCAGGCUGGAGGGGGGCACCGUCCUGGCACGGCUGAGGAGAGAAGAACUCGGCACAGAAGAUGGCCGGGACACCCUGGAGGCUGCCACCAGCCUGUACGACCGAGUGGAUGAGGAGGUGCACAGGCUGGUCCUCGCCUCGAACAGUCGUCUCCAGCAGCUGGAGCGCCUCCGGGAGCUGGCAUCGCUCCAGGACGGGAAUGACCAGCAAUCCUGCCAGAAAGGACUGCAGCUGGUGAAGCAGAACCCACAUCAUACAGAGGAAAUGGUCCAGGAUUUCAGAAGGGGACUGAGCACCGUGGUCAGCCAGGCUGAGUACAGGGAGGGAGAGCUGGCCAGGUGGACCCGCCCAUCCGAGUUGUGCGAGACGGCGAGCAGCUGGAUGGGGCCCCUGGACCCGGAGGCUUAUCCCUCCUCACCCGUGGCUGAGUGUUUGAGGAGCUGUCACCAGGAGGCUACCUCGGUGGCUGCAGAGGCCUUCCCCGGGGCAGGUGUGGCAGUGCUGAAGCCUCAAACCCUGGGGAGACCGUGGGCAUCGCCGCAAGACCUGUGGCUGCAGUGCCCUCAGACCCAGCUCCAUCUGGAAGAGGCCCUUGCUGAGGCCGCCCCAGGCCCCAGCUUACCGCCUCUUGCCCAGAGCCCCCCAAAGCAUGAGUGUGCUCAGGAGGCCAUGAGGAGGCCCCAUAAGCCACCUUCAGUUCCCAGCACAGACACUGAGGAUGGUGCCUGGGAACCUGGCCUCCCUGGACGAGCACUUCUGUGUGGACAGGAUGGGGAGCCCCUGGGUCCAGGGCUGUGUGCUCCAUGGGACCCAGUGUCCCCCCUCGGGGGCCUUUCAGGGACAGCGGCCACCAUGGCCCACCCGGAGGACAGCUCUGCCUGCUCCUCUGAGCCCACCCAGACCCCGGCCAGCCGCCCCAGGAAACAUCCCCAGAAGAAAAUGGUAAAGAAAAUGCAAAGUUUCGAGAUACCUCAGCCCGACAGUGGCCCCAGGGACUCCUGCCAGCCAGGCCAUACCAGUGUCUUCAGCAAGGGCCUGGAGGUAACCAGCACUGUGGCCACAGAGAAGAAGCUCCUGCUGCAGCCGCAGGCCAGGAGCCACCCGGUCACUCGGAGCCGGAGUCUGUCCUCUCCCUCGGGGCUCCACCCUGCUGAGGAGGACGGGAAGCGGCAGGUGGGCAGCAGCCGCCUGAGGCACAUCAUGGCCGAGAUGAUCGCUACGGAGAGGGAGUACGUCCGGUGCUUAGGAUACGUCAUCGACAACUAUUUUCCGGAAAUGGAGAGAAUGGACCUGCCCCAGGGCCUUCGAGGGAAGCACCACGUUAUUUUCGGCAACUUGGAGAAGCUCCACGACUUCCACCAGCAGCACUUCCUCCGGGAGCUGGAGCGCUGCCGGCACUGCCCCUUGGCCGUGGGCCGCAGUUUCCUGAGACACGAAGAGCAGUUUGGGAUGUACGUGGUCUACAGCAAGAACAAGCCGCAGUCGGACGCCCUGCUCAGCAGCCACGGCAACGCCUUCUUCAAGGACAAGCAGCGGGAGCUGGGUGACAAGAUGGACCUGGCCUCCUACCUGCUGCGGCCCGUGCAGCGCGUGGCCAAGUACAAGCUGCUGCUCCAGGACCUGCUCAAGGAGGCCAGCCGCGGCCCGGCCCAGGGGCAGGAGCUGGGCGAGCUCCGAGCCGCCGAGGUCGUGGUCUGCUUCCAGCUGCGCCACGGCAAUGACCUGCUGGCCAUGGACGCCAUCCGCGGCUGUGACGUGAAUUUGAAGGAACAGGGGCAGCUGAAAUGCCAAGAUGAGUUUAUCGUUUGCUGCGGGAGGAAGAAGUAUCUGAGGCACGUGUUCCUCUUUGAAGACCUCAUCCUGUUCAGCAAGACCCAGAAGGUGGAGGGCGGCCACGACGUCUACCUGUACAAGCAGUCUUUCAAGACGGCCGAGAUCGGGAUGACAGAGAACGUCGGGGACAGUGGCUCGAGGUUUGAGAUUUGGUUUCGCAGGCGGCGGAAAUCUCAGGACACCUACAUUCUCCAAGCAAGCUCGGCAGAGGUCAAGCGCGCGUGGACCGAUGUGAUAGGGAGGAUCCUGUGGAGGCAGGCGCUGAAGAGCAGAGAACUCAGAAUCCAAGAAAUGGCAUCCAUGGGGAUAGGCAACCAGCCAUUCAUGGACGUCAAGCCCAGCGACCAGGCCCCCAAAUGUACAGUGAUAAGCAACCGGGCCCGCAACAGCAUCAUCAAGGGCACAGAGUCACAAAUGAGAGGGCCCACCGCGGUGUCCUCCUCUGACCAGGCCACCCCCUUCAAGCGACCACACUCCACCAUCUCGGACAGCAGCACCUCCUCUUCCAGCAGCCGGUCCUCCUCCAUCCUGGGGUCGCUGGGCCUGCUUGUGUCCUCCAGCCCAGCCCACAGCCCCUGGUCAUCUGACAUCAGAGCCUGCAUCGAGGAAGACGAGCCGGAGACGGGCACCCAGGCUGCAGUGCGUGAGGGCUGUAAGCCGCGCACGCCAGGCCUGACGACCAUGGGGGUGGCGAUGCCCAUCGCGUAG